AUGCUGUGCAUGGACCAGCUGCGCACGGACCAACGCGCACAGCCUGCCCUAAUCUCCCCAUGUCACCUUAGGUUUGAGCCUCACUCACCAUCGCUUCAGUUGGGUGGUGCACACCCCUACUGUACCCUACGAUACUACGCGCACCUCCCCUUCCUCCCCCCAUCCAACGUGGCUGCCUGCCAAGGCCAAGUCCAUGCAUUCGACUCACAGGACCUCAUCGACGUCUACAUUCCAGACGGUCCUGAGACUAUCAUCUACCAUUGCAAGCAGCAACCGUGCCCGAACCGAACACCCCGAUCGAUCCCAGAAGACUACCCGCGCUACAAAGCGAUCCGACGAGCGCAACACCCGCUCGGACCCCGAAGCACCCUCGCAUCUCGAUCGGCCUCGCGGCACUCUCACCCUGUCUCCCCUAGCUCCCGCCUCCCUCAAACUGUCAUCGCCGAUCCCGGUCAAGCGCGAGGAGAUCUCCCUCCAGACCCUGCGCCAGAGCCUGAGCCUGAGGAGGGUGAGGGUGAAGAAGGAGUCUCGGAGUCCAAGUCCGAGGAUUCUGUUGGGUCCGCCUCGCCGACAGCGCUCGCCCCCGCGUCAGCAGUCCCUGAU